AGUAAGUGCUUCUUCACCUCAACCUUUACUCUACCAAAACCAAAUGAAUUCCAGCUCAGGACCUCUCGCUGACCACGUUGUUGCAUACCCGCCCGCAGCUCAUGCUGUCCCGAGAGGAAUUGUCUCCUCCCAACCGUCUUCAUCAUCCAUGUUGUUGUAUCCAUCUCCACAGGAAGAGGAGAAAACACACUCGCCGAUGCGUUUGAGAGGCGGUUGCAUUCCUUGCCCUGGCGGAGGAAUGUGCUUCAUCAUUCCAUGCCCAUGCUGUUGUUGAGACUGAUUAAUCACCUUGACGCGCAGUACGUUCAAAUGGCAGAGGGUUUGUGGUCAUCAGUGUCUCGAGUUUCGACUAGACUCGUGGCCAGCCUGGCGUA